AUGGAUGGGUUUGGAGACGACUUGCUACUCUCGAUUUUCAACAGAAUUCACAACCAAGGUGAUCGAAAUUCUUUCUCUCGAGUAUGUAAGAAAUUCUGGAAAACAUCAUCAUGCGUUCGUUACCAGCGUAGGUUACACAUAACGUUUCCUGAAUUCUUGGACUAUAUUCUAACGGUCGCUGCAUCCCCAAAUCUGAAAACCUUUGAAUGUCAUAAACCACUCUCAAACCAACACAUGAGUCUCCUAGCUCAGUGGUGCCCUAACCUCUCCUACCUCAGUAUCAGUUUAAAUAAAUGUUUUGAUCCUCAUGACCAGGCUGCUAACUUUGAUGAUGACGGUCUGUGUGCAGUUACAAAUGCUUGUAUGCAUUUGUCUAGUGUGCUUCUGAACAGGAGGUUACAUGUUAGUGAUGUUGGAGUUGCUUCUCUAUUUGUACGAUCGAAUUCUUUAACACGUUUAGAUUUGAGUGAAUGUGUUAAUGUUACAGACGAGUCACUCAAAGCUAUCGGAGAAUCUAGUCAUUUACAAAGUUUGAGUUUGGCAGGCUGUCGUUGGAUUACUGACUUGGGUUUGGAGUAUUUGGCAAAAGGGAAAGUGCGUAGUUGCUUGUGGAAACUUAAUCUGGCCGAAUGUGAUAGGAUUAGUGAUGAUGGUAUCGUCUUGUUAAAAGAAAUGUGUAGCUUGCAGGACCUGAAUCUGUCAAAGUGUGGGAUUAAUGUGACAGACCGGGGGGUUCAAACUGCAAUGUCCCAAAUCCCGGGCAUGUUUUUGAAUCUGUCUUGGUUGAAAAAAGUGAUGGAUGUUUCAAUAUUUGCUAUUGGUGCGAAUUGCAGGAAUCUGGUUGAUAUCAGUUUAGUGGGUUGUGAAGGUGUAACGGGUAAAGGUUUACUUGCUUUCGUAAACCAUACUUCACUACAAACUAUUGAUCUGUUUUCGUGUCACCAUAUUUCUACGAAAGAUGUGGAGUCAUUUAUCGCCGCCAGGAGAAGGUAUAUCAAAACUAUAAUAUAUAUUCGCAUGCCAGAAUCAAUGACCAGAAAGUACUUUACGGGGUGGGACUGA